UUCCGCCUCCGUAUAGUGAUACAUCUGUACGGCUUCAAGUAGUCUCCAGCUGUCUCCGGGCGGCUGCGUGAGACACUUUUCUCGUCAUGGUUACUCCAACACUGGUCCUGCUCGGCGCUGUCUUCGUCGUCAGCUCCACAGUAUUUCUGUUACUGAAGAAAGGAAGGCGCGAAGUGCUCUUGAGCCGACUUCAUUGGGAGCGCCGACGGUUCUCCGGUUCAAAGACUCCUCCUCGGUCGUUGUCACCAGAGAAGGAAACCAACAACUCAGCGCCGGACUACUCGGAUGUAUAUCCUCCAUCUCGUAAGAUCGCACUGGCGGACAUCCCCGGUUUCGCCGAGAAGUUAGGCAAGAGCCAGGACGAUGUGAUACUAUCUGCAGAAAAGAGAGAAUGUGUGCCGCUCACCACUGAGCUUCACGAUGCGAAGAAGACGAUGUGCACACCCUGUGAGUUCACGGUAGAGGAGAUCCAAGCACUCGGGGACUUUCCGGACUACGCUACGCUGAGUGGUAUACCCCUUCCCGAGCCCUACUAUGACUUCGACAUCAAGAAGGCGAAGCCCAGACCAUACCGACCUUUCCGAUGGGCUUACCAUCAAACGAUGUCAGCUCUCACCAAGAUGGAACCCGACUGGUGGCUUGAGCUCGAGAGCACAUACGAAGAGCGCAUACGGCAGCGGAAGGAGAUAUACACGAGAGAAAGGGAGAACGUCUUGAACAUGCUUCCUGGCUCAUAUUUUGCCUGCAAGGAGCUCAUGGAGAUGUCUCUGCAAUUUCUCUGCGCGCGCUAUCCGCAGUACUUCCACCUGGAUACCGAGAAGAUGAUCUUCUACAACAGUAUUCUCAAAACAGAGUCAGACCUGAAGAACACUCAUCCACUGCACGUGCUUUUCAGCAACGUCCCCGAAGACUUUGCCAUUACAAUGCGAAACCCAGACGACGGCUUGUACAGCUUCCGCGCAGGCACGAUCUGUAGUGCUUUAGGGUGGAACGUAGGCUCGAAGAUUGGCAAGACAUUGCCCGAGAUACAUGCACCGGUGCCGGAUUACAAGGAGAAGAUGCAGUUCUCGAUGGAUCGCUACUUCACGAAGAAGCCCACUGAUAAGGCCAUCCAGCGUGGGUCAUGGGGUCUGGAGGUGGACCAGCCGCUCUACAUGCCGCCCGGCGACCCACACGAGAAGCUACGCGACGUCCAGAUGCCCGAGCUCGACAUCUCACGCUGCAAUCUCCGAGUCGACUGGCAGACACUACGUCGCCUGCCGCUGUCGGGUGCCAUUGUCUUCAAUUUCAAAGCUCUAUUUACACCGGUCGAGGAGUUCCGCGCCGAGCCUUUUGUGCCGGCGCUGGUCCUGAAGGUGCUGAAUGAGGCGAAGCCGAACUUGAUGGCAUACAAGAACACAUGGCACACCGAACACGUUGUCAAGCCUGCAUUGGAGGCGUGGGCCAAGGAGCAGGUUGAGAAGGGAUGGGUCCCCGAGGACUGGGAACCGCAUACUUUGGACGACAGCCCGUACUUCCCGGGCUGGGAGGAGAAGUGGCAUCGGCAGCAAGGCUUCUGAGUCGUGCACAUGCAUGCGACAUAUAUACUUUUGUACAUACUGGGCGCUGGGAUUCCUUUCAAGCGA